CCUGCUUUCUAGUCUGCUGGCCACUUUAAGUGGAUUACCGUCAGGAGAGGGGUGGUGCCCGCGGCUCCGGUGCACUCGGGACCUGGCGGGGAGGGAGUAGCGAAUGUUUAUCUUCCCACGGUGUGAUCUCUGCUCACGCUGCGUUUAACCCGGUGGUGGCGAUCCCUCGGAGCGUGGCUCUUUAACGAAUCCCAAAGCUCUGUGAAAGGAAUGAAUCAAACUGAAAUAAAUAAUGCACAUCCAGAGUACAUUGCGUUUGUAGUGGUACCUGUCUUCUUUCUAACAGGACUUCUGGGAAUAUUUAUCUGCCACAUUCUGGCAAAAAAAGGUUAUCGAUGCACAACAGACAGAGAGUCAGAAUGUGGUGAAAAGGUUGCUGACACUCAGAUGGAUUUCUGCGAUAGUGGUGAGUGCAAUGCCGACACAGUUGGACAAAUGGUGCAUUAUAUUAUGAAAAAUCCAGCUAAUGCUGAAGCAUUACACGCUAUGUUAGACCAUCGUGCAGAAAGCCCUACAAGCCCUCACAGUCCUAAUGGACCUCCAAGCCCUGUUACUCCUGAAAGUCCUACCAGCCCUGUAUCACCAUCUGGAAGCCUAACCAAUCACUCUGCGCUUGGACAUCAUUUGCAUACUGUUGGAGGAAUUGCAGGGAAAAGCACGUGCUCACGUUGCAGCCAUCGAAAAUCGAAGCGGCCAAAGGACUUCCGAAGGAGUCGAGCUGGAGAGGUCACAGUAUUUGCUGUGGGAAGGUUUCGUGUUACACAUGUUGAUCCUAAACCUCAUUCUAAUGAUCAAAAGGUGUUGAUUGCUGCACCUCCAGAUGAUAUGUGUAAUGAGGCAAAUACAGACAACCAUGAAGUGCCAAACUCACCAGUAACAUUGGAUGUAAAAGGGGAAACUUUGCAGGAAACAAAGGAUUUGCAGUGAGCUUUGUGAGUCGCAAGGGAAAAGUGAACACUUCAGUCAAGAACAGAUCGAAGAGUGAUGAAUAUUUCUGAAUGAAAACCAAAGUAUGAAAUUUACAGUUGCAUCGAUAAUUGUGCGAAAUUUGGAUUUUUUCCGAAUGUCUUUUGUUAUAUUUUUAUAAUGUGUUUAUAUGUGGGAACUCACAAGAUAAAAAUUAGCAAUGAUCAAAUCAUAUUAAUGAGAUUAAUUUUCUUCUUUGAACCUCAAAUCUAUACAUUAGGAUUAAAUGGUCAACAUGAUUGUUUAAAAAAAUUCUACAUCUACCAUUUCUACCUGUUGUCAUAACUAACUUCAUGCUUCAUAGUUGCAUUCCGUUUCCUUGCAUAUUUCUGAGUGGUCUAAUUCCUCACCUGAUUUUCAAAAAUAAGAAAUAUUCUAAUUAUCAUUGAUUCAACUUAACAGAGUUUUAAUGAUCAUAAUGCUGUAAAUUACACUCAUUAGAAAUGGGCAGCCCAUCUCAGAACAAAUAAGCUGAUGGUAAAUUUUCAGGGUUUUAUUUUUGUUGCUGUUCAUUAGUGUGUACAUGAAGCUUUUGUGGAUUUGGCAUGGUAUAAAUGGGGAUAAGAAGGAUUUUAUUCUUUGAAAUGCUAUGACUGUAGGCAGAUGAAUGGUAGAAUUCUAGAUAAUGCCUUAACAUCUGCACCAAAAUAUAUUCACUGACCAAGUCUGACACUGAGCUACAAUACCUUAGGACUGUACAAAGUUGGAUAGACCUAAUUAAUUUUGUUUCAUUAACAACAGGGAAGUAUGCAGUCAUACUAUUUUAAGGCAAUUUCUUCUGAUAUUGGGGAGGAGAAAGUCUGACCCGAGUGUGAAAGAAUUUGCCUUUUAUAGAAGAAAAGCUGUGCCUUUUAAUCUUUUCCGGUUACUUAAUGUUAACAACAUCAUGGUAUUAAAUGGUUUGAGGACAAAAGUGCCAAAGCAUUUGAACAGGUUUUAUUAUAAAAAUGCUUAACUAGAAAUAAAUUUGUUACUUAAGCGAAGUUUUAAAAAUAAUUUCAGGAUGUAAUUCUUGUAUCCCAAAGGCCCUGGAUAUGAUUCCUAAUUUGUGAUAAAUUACAUAAAGUCAACUAGGACAGCUCUUGAGCAGCUACAAUUGGCUAUUGUGUGAUAGAACAUAAAAAGCCUAGCAGAAAUCUUGCUCUUGUCCAGGAGGAAAAAAUUCUCACAUGGAGAUUAGGUAAAGACAUUGUAAUUAGUGGUAUUGCCCACCGUUUUCCAGAACCUCCUGAUUUACUGAGUGGGUUUUCCUAAUUGAGAAAAGACAGGUAAAGUGAGGUGCUGAAGGGCAUCCUCCUCCCACAAACUACUCCAAAUUUUGCACUUCUGAGAUGAGAAGAUUGCAGAAAGUGUGUGUAACCAAAAUGUAAAUUCUGAAAAUAUGUAUGUAUUGCUGUUUGAUGUGAAUGUAGUUUUUUAGUUGCAAAUUUAUGUAAACAGAAACAAACAUACAACAAAAUGGGAAUCAACCUGUGUAAAUAAAUGCAAUUAAACUUAAUUCAGUACCAAACUGACAGGAUGGUUUAGGAAUUGUAUACAAUGAACCAUUGCAAAGUGAUAAUUGAUUCAGUAUUUGUAAACACUUUUUGUAAAGGAAAAUGGCAUAGCUGCUUUUGGAAAAACUAUUGUAAAAUAUAAUUAUAAAAGUAAUUUUAAAAACAAGCUUAUUGGAUAGUGGCUUUUUUCAUUGUGCCUUAUGAAUUAGAAGACUGGAGGUUUACUUCGUGCUCACAGGCAGAGUUACCAUAAUACAUUUAUUAUCAAGCAACCUUGUUGGGGCGUGUACUUACUUGGAGAGGAAAUGGAAGCGGCAUCAACCUUAGAUAGAAUGUACUGCUACAUGGUGAAUAACCUGCUUGCAGUAAUUGUCUGUAUUUGCAUGAAGAAUGUGCUCUACGCUCUUUCCUUCAAAUAAACUUUUUAACACAAUAACAAUAAAAGUUUACUGAACAUUGACCAGAACAGUAAAAUGUUAUCAAAAUCUGUUUUCUAAUGUUUACGUUGUAAUUAAGUGCAAUAAUGCUUCUUUAACAAAUACAUAUCUACAUAUAUACUUGCGAUGAAAGCUGUCUUAUUCCUAUUUUGCAAUAAUUAAUGUUCUUGCAGGUGUAUUUUAUUAUUCUUUGAGUAAAUGUCAGGGAAAAUGGAACCACUGAGGCUCCAAGUUGUGUGAAUAUUUAGCUAUAGGUUCAGCUGACUUUUACCCCUUGGCUGAAGAGUUGCCAACAAAACUUUUGUUUAAGGGUGUAAUUAAGCUGAUUGAGGAAACUUGUUUUGACCCCAGGCAUCGUAACACUCAUGAAUGCUCCAUCAACUCCUUGCCUAGGAAUCUUUGUUCAAAACCUAUAUCCUUGGAAGUAGUCCAUUGUCAGUGUAACCAGUGAUUAGUUUAAAACAAAUGUGGUGUUCUGCAGCAAUUAAAGUUGCCUUAUAGAAAAUGUUGCAACCGCUUAUUCUGAGUAAUGUGAAGCAUUUAAUACUUAAGGCAGCUUUGUAAUUAGGUGGUGCACUUUAAAAGGCAAUAACUGUAAAUGGUAUGUGUUCUGGAAAUGUUAUUUUGUGCAGUAUUCAAUUUUAAAUUCUGUCUAAGUCUUUGAAGUAAUGUCAGGUUUUCAGUCAUAAUUUCCUUUUGGAUGGUUAUGUAUUCAUUUUGGGAUUUUAUCGUUUUAUAGAUUGUAUGUAUCCUGUAUAUCUAUCUUACUUCCAAAGGUGCUGCAUUUGUAAAGAUGUAUUUUUUAUCAAACUGCUUCUCUGUGUAAAGGCAUCAUCAGAGUGCAACAUAUGUUUUGAGCAAUGCUCAAAUUGAGGAAAAAAUGUUUAAUUCGUCUGGAAAUUUAAUCCAUGGUACUGUAUGAGAGUUUCAACAAAACUGCUACUACUUCCAUUUAUAUAAUGCUGUAAAUUUACAUUUCAAACAUUUUAAAAAGAAAUGUGAUUUAAGCAGAUUGACACUUAAGUAAGAUAUCUUUCAAUGUGCAGCCUCUGUUGCUAAGUUGGAUAUUGUCUUUCAAACUGGCACAUUAAUUAUUCACUGUAUUUACAAUUGUUAUCAAGUUUGUACU